CUGGAUAUGGAUGAGGCAGCAGAGGCUCUGUUUAUUCGUGACGCCAACGGACGCCUCAACUCCCUCACCACCGUCCUCGGACAGGAAGUAGACCGCUUUAACAACCUGCUGCGGGUCCUCAGGGUGUCUCUGUGUACCCUCCAGAAGGCUAUAGCAGGGCUGGUGGUGAUGUCAGAGGAGAUGGAGAGGAUCUACACCAGUUUCCUCAACAACCAGGUUCCAAACCACUGGAGCACCUCAGCCUACCCCUCCCUCAAACCCCUGGCCAGCUGGGUUAAAGACCUGGCCCUCAGGACCUGCUUCAUCGAGGGAAACCCAAGACAAUGA